CCGAACCGUCUUCACGACGACAUGAUGUGCGACAUUGGAGUUCGGCAGCGAGGACAGCUGGUGAUUGUUGGAGAGAUGGACUUCCCUUUGCUUUCUCGCAACAGUGCAAGUCGCUCUUUGCGUACGGUUUUCCGUCAUGGCCGCUGCAGGAGGCAAGUUCUUCAUUCAGGACGCCCUCAAAACGCCUGCCGUGCAUCACGAAAGUUUCGAGCAAUUAUGGAAGACCAAGUGGGAGCCGGUUUCGAAGAUGGGAGUGUACCCGUUCAUGUUCAAUGCUCAUCAAGAUUUCGAGCCAAUUGCUGAGCGACUGAUCGCCGAAGGUCAAAAGGAACCUUAUGAUUGGGAUAAGUAUGCAGAAGCAUUCUUUCCCAAAGCCGAAGAGCUCUUGAAUAUCGCUGAAGAGGCUGAGAAGAAUGGCGACAAGGCCAAAGCGUCGGAGUAUUUCAUGCGUGCAUCAGCAGUCUAUCGAAUCUCCCGCUUCCCAGCCCCACGAUCCGAAAAACAACGCCACGCCUGGCAAGAAGGCAAGAAAGCCGCGAAGAAAGGCCUCGCUCUUCGCGACCGCCCAACCCAAGAGAUCUCCAUCCCUCACACCCAGGGCCUCGCCACUGAAGGCAAAGAGAUCACCUUCUACUACCACCUCCCACCAGGAAGCAGUGCCCAAUCCCCUGUCCCCCUCGUCAUAAUCCUCACAGGCCUCGACGGCUACCGCACCGAACUCGCCGUCUGGAUCGAAGGCUUCUCCCACAAAAAUAUCGCAACCCUGAUUCUCGAAAUCCCCGGAACAGGAGACUCCCCCGCCGACCCCAGCGACCCCACGUCUCCAGACCGCGAAUGGUCCUCUCUCUUCGACUGGAUCGAAUCUCAAUCCGAAAUCGAUCAAACUCGUAAAGCCCUCUGGUCCUUCAGCACAGGCGGCUACUACGGUAUCCGUCUCGCUCACACGCACCACGAUCGUCUCCAAGGCGUCGUAGCACACGGCGGAGGCUGCCAUUACAUGUUUUCCCCCGAGUGGCUUUCCCACGUCAAUCAUCUCGAAUAUCCCUUUGAUUUGGCGACGACAUUGGCGUAUAAGUUCGGUUAUGGCGAUGAUUUGGAGAAAUUCAAGCAAGAAGCCAUGAAGAAAUUCUCGUUGCUUAAAGAUGGAACGCUUGAUAAACCAGUUUGUGCGAGACUUUUACUCGUCAAUGGUGUGAAUGAUGAGAUUUUCCCGAUUGAUGAUUAUUAUUUGGCGUUGCAGCAUGGGGCUCCUAAGGAAGCGAGGUUCAUCGAUGGGAGGAAACAUAUGGGAGAACCGGAGAGCUUUUUUGUGAUCCUGAAGUGGAUUUAUGAUUUAUUCGGGCUGGAGGGCUCGCCGCAGGAGCAGAUGAAGACGAUUCCUUCGAAGUAUGGAAGAUAGGCUGAGUCAGGAAUACGGAUCUGAGAAGAGGGCCGUAGGAGUUGACUUCCCAUUUAUGAAUGAGUCUUCGGACUCCAUCCCGCUUCAUCUGUGGUGCCAUGCGGUUUUUAUUGCAUGCGGUCGCUCGAUCAUGCCGCCAUGCGACGCACAUGCAUCGUUACCAGAUUGCUAGGAAGAUGCCUGCUGAAUGUUGUCC